AAAGUGCAAAAUAGUUGAACGAUUUAUAUUCAUCACAUAAACAGAAUACUUAUUGAAUGUUUUUAAAAAAGUACUAAGCAUGAUUUGAAAAUUGCAUUUUUAAAUUAGUAACCACUCAAAAAAAAAUAUUGAAAGUCUGUUGAUUGUUUAUAAUUUUUUUACGAAAAUGACGAUUUCAUGUGAAAUUCUAUUUGAAAAAAAUUCAAAAGCAGUGUUUUAUGCAGGUCGAUCAUUAUACGGAUCGAUUCGUUUAACAUUGACAAAUGAUGAAAAUAUUCGUGGGAUUUUUGUUAAAAUUAACGGUGCCGCAAUAACAAUAUGUAAAGCGGAAAAUUUUGGUGAAGAUUUUCUAAAGGAUCGCAUCGAGAUUAUUGGUGAAUCACGAUUGGCGACUGGUGCGCAUGAAUUUCCAUUUCAAUUUGAAAUUCCAGCACGCAUACCGAGCUCCUUUCAGGGAGAAUAUGGAUUCAUACGUUACACCAUAACAAUAUCAGUCGUACUACCAAAAUUAUCGACGAAAGAAUUUGAAAAACGAAUAUUCAUUCUUAGGUUGACCGAUUUAAAAGAUCCGGAUUUGCAGAAACAAGUAACUGUGUCCGGAAGUUUUAACCCGUACUUUGUAUGCACUUGUUUGCCAUGGUUUCCGCUGAAAAUUGAUGCAUCUGUAGAUCACACAGCCUACGCACCAGGCUCAAAUAUUGAACUUGAGAUAAAUGUUACAAACAGAAGCUUCUGUCAAAUACGUGGAUUCCUUGCACAAUUGAUCAAGGAAGUGACUUAUGUUCCAGUGCUUCAAUCAGUGGAAAUAUUAAAAGAAGUUAAGUUGCGUGGUUGCCUUCAAAAUCACAAAUAUACCGUUUGUUUUGGAUGUUACGUUGAAGUUCCACCAACAUCUGCCACCGAUUUAGUUAGUAAAGUCAUCAAAAUUCGACAUUUCAUACGAAUAACUGCUGUAAUGAAGAAAAAAUGUAGGCCCGUGAUUGAAAUUCCAGUAACAAUAGUGAACGUAAAUGGACGUAACUCAAAGAAAUCAGAAUUGGGACGGAAAUGAAUGACAAACAUGCUUUCAAAUUGACAUGUUCUUAGUUGAAUUGAUAAGCGAGUAAAAAAACGUAUACAAUUGUUAUCAACACUCAUACAAAAUAAAUAUUAUUUUUUUAAAUGUUUGAUUUUAAGGUCAGCACCUAAACAUCACAGUGGUCAUUUGUUGUUGUUGAUAGUGUUACAACCAUUUAAAAAUAUUCGUUGAACUGUUUCUGUAUUUAAUAUAAAUAUUUAAGUGUGCACACUGUGUAUAACUGUAUAUGAAUUGAUUGUAAAUCAUAAUGAAAAAAUGUGGUGAAAAUACACGCACGAAUUUAAGAAAUUCUCCGAUAGACGUGGACUAAAAAGUUGCGAUUAACAUUGUUUUCCUUAAUUUUCAAACCACGUUGUAUUUUAAUUAGUUUUAAUUUAAAUUGGUGACACAUUCUGUUGAACAUUCGAAAGAGCAGCGAUUACAAUUGGUAAUUCUAGUGCUGGCUUAUAAUUUCGGCCCAUUACGGCAAUUAUCUACAAAUUAGAAAUAAAAAUGUUUUUGAAUAUAUACAGUUAUACACACGUGUGCACACUGCAAACAUACUUUAAUAAAAUGACGAACUUUGAUAAUCAUA